UGGAAAAAAAAAAAAGGAAAACAAGUAUGUCUGCAGAAACAAAGAUGAUUGUUCUGAAAAGCUCAGAUAACGAGACAUUCGAGGUGGACGAGGCUGUCGCACUCGAAUCUCAAACGAUGAAACACAUGAUUGAGGAUGAUUGUGCAAACACAACAAUCCCUCUUCCAAACGUGUCUAGUAAGAUCUUGGCCAAGGUGAUUGAGUAUUGUAAGAAACACGUUGAGUCUAGGUCUGCUGCUGACGAUGAAUUGAAGAGUUUUGAUGCUGAGUUUAUUAAGGUUGACCAGGGCACGCUUUUUGAUCUUAUCUUGGCUGCAAAUUACCUUAAUAUCAAAAGCCUUUUGGAUUUGACAUGCCAAGCUGUUGCAGAUAUGAUCAAGGGAAAGACUCCAGAGGAGAUCAGGAAGACUUUCAACAUCAAAAAUGAUUUUACUCAAGAGGAAGAAGAGGAGGUUCGCAGGGAGAAUGCUUGGGCAUUCGAGUGAACCUGCUUGCAGCCCAAGUUGUGUGAAAUUUUAAAUAUGAUUUAGGAUUCUAGCUGCAAUGUCUAUCUUAAGUAGGUAUAUAAGAGAUUUGUGGUUUUGAAACUUAACUGGCUGUUUUGAAUUAACAUCUUUGGAGAAAUGAUAGUCCUUUUGCUAUGAUUUGGUAUA